CAGACUGACAUAAUGUUAGUCUUUGUAUUAUGUAGUAGCUUCACAAGUUAAAUGUUGAAAAUGAAAAUGUUCCUUUGAUUUACAUAUUUGGGUCUGGAUAUCAGUAUUAACCUUUCAUUUAUGUAUUUGUUUUCCAAUAGAGAAACUGGUUUAGGGAAAACCCAAUUUAAAAUGUCUCCAUUGUAUCCCAGCAUAUCAUUGCAUCUCCCUCUUAUCGCUUCCCACGUGUGUUCCCAGAGAUCACUGUUGGGCUCCUUUGCCUCUGUCCUCUUCCAUCACUUUUUAAAUCAUAUCCAGCCUCUAUCUCUCUACUCUUGCAUAUUAGGUAAUCCCUCUGACUUUAUCUCUUCCUCCCGCUCAAAUUUCAUGUAUUGGGAUAGGAAAGAGACAAUUCCUCAUUCAAAUGCAAGCAGCAGACAUAAAUGUCACUCAGCAGCUGACACCAGUGUCACAGAGAGGCUACAAAGCAUCAGAUAAUCCUGUAAUGUAUCACAGGUUGGAAUACCCUGGGGUCUGUGGCUUUGUAGCAAGCAGCCGUGGGUGGAGCUUUUGUCAUGACAUCAUGUGAGGUAUAAGAGAGUGACAGAGCUCAGACACCUGCAGACAAACAGCAGCAGCACAUUAGAAACACAGCUGUAACUGUAUGGAUAAUAUCUCUGCAGAGCUUCAUCCAUCUGCUAUCAACUAUGUCUACUCACACCAGCAUUCUUCUUUUCAUCACUCUUUGGGCUUCCAUAGAGGAUGGUUUAAGUCUUCCGGUGAUGAAACAGCCGGAGGUGGAGGCUGGUGACUGGGUCCCAGCACAGAGAGUGAGGACCAAGCGCUGCGCCUGCAGCAACCUGUUGGACUCUGAAUGCCACUACUUCUGCCACAUAGAUAUCAUCUGGAUCAACACGCCCAGUAAGACAACAGUUUAUGGGCUAGGCAGCGCUUUGUCCCGACGCAGAAGGUCCACUGGCCGCUGCAGCUGUGCCAACCGUGAUGAUCAAACCUGUACCAACUUCUGCCAUCACAGUCCUGAAUUCAUGUCAUCAAAGAGAUCUGUAAAGAGACAUCAACUCAGCUUACUCAGCAUCCUAAGAGCUGCGGCCAGCAGUUCCAAGAGAGCUCAGGAUUCUGCUGAUUCACACAGAGAUGAGUCCUCUCAGCAGAAGAGCACCCGCUAAACAAUGUGCCAGCUGAGGCGGCGAGAGUGAGAGAAAGAGAGCAGCGAGCACCUGAACAAAUGACACUCCUUUGAUAGAUAGGGGGAACAAAGGGCUGCUGAAAGAUGUUGUCAGAUGGAGAAAGGUCUGAAGCACCACUAACAUGUCUGUUUGUACCCGGGAAUAGAGGGUGGAAAACGUGACAGAGUUCUGCAAACACAUCAUGGAAAAUGAUGUGGAAGAUCAUCAUUGAGAGGAGCUACUAUCGUGUUAAGAGAAUGCUGUGCCUGCGGUCAUGUUUGACUCUGGCUGUCUGCUCUGUAAGGUUGUCUGUGUGUCACUGUACAGACAGGCCAGGCCAGCACUGAUAUAGAAGGAUGUACCAGAGGAAAAGGUACAUACUGUACAUACAUGUUCAGGAAUGUCUCACAUACAUUGCAUGUUUUUACUCAUUCUUUUGUAAAAUGUCAUUUUACAAUUAUAGAAUUUUACUUUUGUUA